AAAAAUAGCUGCUGCUCCAAAGUCUCGCAAAUUGGCAGAAAAGUUCCCUCCUGGCACAGUCCUGAAAGAUUUGAGCAAGAGAGAAUGGAAGCUUGGCAGUGUUAUUGGACAAGGAGGAUUUGGGCUCAUUUACUUAGCAUCAGAAGCUUCUUCAGACAAGAAAACAGAGAACCACAUCGUUAAGAUUGAACCAAAGGACAAUGGCCCACUGUUUUGUGAGACACAUUUUUAUCAGAGAGUAGCAAAGCUUGAAUAUAUUCAAGCAUUUGUCACGGAGCACAGGUUAAGGUACCUUAGCAUCCCACCCUACAUAUCAGCUGGUCUACAGACAUACAACUCCAGAGAGUAUCGUUUUUUGGUGAUGCCCCGAUUGGGUAAAGACUUACAGAAACUGUUGCAAGAAUGUGGCGGCCAGUUUCCCCCAAACACCACUUAUGCUGUUGGUCUACGAAUGGUAGAUGCCCUCCAGUUUCUCCAUGAGAAAGAGUAUGUCCAUGCAGACAUCAAGGCUUCCAAUAUCCUCCUGGGCUAUUCAAAGGGUCAUGAUGUUACAAAUGAGGUUUAUCUUGUGGACUAUGGCCUUGCUUAUCGAUACACUGUGGGCAGUGAACAUAAAGAAUACAAGGAGGAUCCAAAAAGAGCUCAUGAUGGAACCAUAGAAUUUACCAGCAGAGAUGCACACAAGGGUCUAGCCCCUUCAAGACGAGGCGAUUUAGAGAUCUUGGGAUAUUGCAUGUUACAGUGGCUGUGCGGCAAACUCCCUUGGGAAAACAGACUCAGUGACCCUAACUAUGUUGCUAAAAGUAAAGAGAGUUUUAUGGACAGUUUAUCUGCUCAGCUGACCAAAUGUCUUCCUGACAGCCCUCCUCAUUCAGACUGUAUGCAGAAAUACUUUCAACUUGUGAACAAACUACAGUAUCAUUCCACGCCUAACUACGACCGGAUCAGAGAGAUCUUCAAACAUGGCUUGACCAUAUCAGGCCAGAAAAAUGAGUGGAUUAUAGAAUUUACACAAAAGGCAAAGAAGCGGAAACAUGCAGAUCACAGUUCAUUAGAAAACACCCCUCCUUCUGGCUCAGUGUCGCCAAAGAAAUCACCAAGAAUGAUAUCACCUGAAGUCAGGCAGCUUGCCUCUGCAUCACUGAAACUUCCUUUGGCUCCAGGGGCUGUAAAAUCUCCUGCAGUGCACAAGAAAGUUGUUAAAGCAAAAAACUACUGCAGUUCGGUGCAAAGCAACACCACCAGCGUCCGCAAAAUUUACAGCCAAGCGAAGCCUCCAGUGAAGCGUAGAGUCAAGAGAGUGGAUGCUGUCAAAACUGACAUAUCAAUACAGACCAGUCCUGGUCUGUUGAACAACAAAUGA